AUGGCUACUCUCAACGGAUCAGAUGGCAAUGCGUCGCCAUAUCUCAUUCCAGGUCUGAAGUUCUUCUCAGACCCAAAGGCCGCGACUCGUCCGGGAAACUUGUACACGGAGAAGCUGCAUGCAGACUUCCACAACGACCCCAAGUCUGGUUACCACAUUCCCUUCGUACCCAUCGGGGAGCCUCAGAAUAGGCGACUUAAGGUCGUGACCGUCGGUGCUGGUAUAUGCGGCAUCAUGCUGGCCUACAACAUCGAGAAGUUUACCCCCAACGUGGAGCAUGUCAUUUAUGAGAAGAACCCGGAGGUUGGAGGAACAUGGUAUCAGAAUCGAUACCCGAUGGCUGGCUGUGACUCCCCAACAUGCACAUAUCAGUUCAAUUUUGCCAUCUCCCCUGACUGGGAAGACUUUUACUCCUCCUCUGAGUACCUGCGACGAUACAUAAACAAUGUCGUCGACAAGCUUGAUCUGAGAAAAUACAUCACCUUCAAUUCAAGGGUCAUCGAGGCUCGCUUCGACGAAGAGAGCGGUACAUGGCAGCUGAAGAUUGAACAGACGCGAGUCGAUGGCACCAAGAAGAUCAUACAUGAUGAUUGUGAUCUGCUUCUUGGUGCCGUUGGCAUUCUCGAUCGAUGGGAGCUACCCAAGAUCCCUGGCUUGGAUACCUUCAAGGGCCGAGUUAUUCACUCAGCCGACAGAGCCCAGUGGGAGGACUACACCAAGGACAAGUGGGCAAAGGAGAAUAUCCUAGUCAUCGGUUCCGGGGCCAGCAGCAUCCAAGCCGUUCCCGGAAUGCAGCCCUAUGCCAAGAAACUGGACGUCUUUGUCCGCACUCCUCCGUGGUUCUUCGCCCAUCCCGAAGAAACCAGGGGUGAGGCUAGGCCUCAGGGUUACAAGUACACCGAGGCGGAGAGAGAGGUCUUCCGGAAGGAUCACAAGGCGAUGGUGAAGCAUUCCAAGGCUAAUGAGAACACAUUGAUGAUGCUGCAUCAUCUCAUGGUGAAGCACAAUCCACUCCACCACCGAGCUCGAGAGCAAAUGACAAAGCGAACGCGGGAGUGGAUCAAGGACGAUGCCAUUUUUGAAAACAUCAUUCCCACCUUCAGUGUUGGAUGUCGUCGAAUUGCCCCGGGAGAUCCCUACAUGCUGGCUAUUCAGAAGCCCAAUGUGGACAUGCACUUUUGCGGUGUAGCAAAGGUCGUCGAGGAUGGAGUCAUUAGCGAUGACGGUGUCAAGACUGUUUGCGACACUAUUGUCUGCGCAACUGGGUUUGACGUGUCAUACCGGCCCCCGUUUCCGCUCCUCGGACUCGGUGGCAUUGAUCUACGCAAGGAGUGGGAAGAGAUUCCUGCAAGCUACCUUGGCGUAAUGGCACCAGGCAUUCCGAAUUACUUGAUGUACCUUGGUCCAAACUCUCCAGUUGAAAGUGGAAGCAUCACGGGUGAACUUGAAGCCCUCGUGUCCUACACCCUCAAGGUCAUCACCAAGAUGCAGAUUGAUAACAUCAGAUAUUUUGUUCCCAAGCAAGAUGUCACCGAUGAGUUCAACGAACAUACCCAGAGCUGGUUCAAAGGCACUGUCUGGGAGGAGGACUGCAAUGCCUGGUACAAGAACAGAAAGACUGGACGCGUCGAUGCCAUCUGGCCUGGAAGCGCCCUCCAUUACCGGGUCGCUAUGGAGCAGCCCCGCUGGGAAGACAUGGAGAUCAAAUAUCAUGGUCCAAACCGAUUCCAAUGCUUCGGAUACGGCUACUCAGCCGUCGAUUUAAGCACCGAUCCUGACGCAGAUCGUUCACCCUACAUCAAUGAAGAUGCUCUUGAUCCUCGAUUUUACGAAUAG